UGUUCCAAGAUGAUAUGAUAUUUUUAGUUUGAAAUCGAAUAUCAUCUUUAUUGUUGUAGUUUUUUUUCGAAUUCGUAUUUUUUUAUAAAUAUAAUAAAAACGAUGCGAACGACACAACCAUUAUUUUGGAAUAAAUGGAUGAAAAAUGGCCGAAAACCGGCAAGGCCACCUUAUCGUUUUACUGAAUGUAAAAAACUAGAAUUAAAAGAUUAUGUUAGUGGUGGAGAUCGCCAUUCAUCUGGUAUACCGCUUUCAAUAUUUUCCAUUGAUAUUCAUCCGGAUGGGACUCGAUUCGCUACUGGUGGCCAAGGAAAUGAUUGUGGUCGGGUUGCAAUUUGGAAUUUCUCAGCUGUCAUAUCGACCAAAGUAGAAAAUGAUGAAAAUCAGCCAAAACUUUUAUGCCAAAUCGAUAGUCAUCUUCAAUGUGUCAACAGUGUAAGAUGGUCACACGCGGGCAAUUAUUUGGCCUCAGCUGGUGAUGACAAAUUGAUUAUGAUAUGGCAACUAGGAGGAAGAUAUCAGGGCCAUACAGAGCAUUACCGCACAGUUUCUACAUUGCGUAGUCAUUCCGGUGAUAUUCUUGAUUUGAGCUGGUCUCAUGAUGACAGAUAUUUAGCUUCGUGUUCAAUCGAUAACAUGAUCGUCAUUUGGAAUGCACAACGUUGGCCAGAGAUAGCGAAAAUUCUGAAAGGACAUUGUGGCUUAGUGAAAGGUGUUACUUGGGAUCCUAUCGGAAAAUAUCUUGCAUCACAAUCUGCUGAUAAAACAUUGCGAAUAUGGCGCAUUUCCGAUUGGUCGGAAGAAGUUUGCAUCAAAGAACCAUUCGAACAGUGCGGUGAUACAACACAUGUUCUUCGACUUUCAUGGUCGCCCGAAGGACAAUAUUUGGUCUCAGCACAGGCGAUGAACAAUUGUGGCUCGGUUGCUAAAAUAAUCGAGCGCCAGGAUUGGUCUUUUUUGCGCGAUUUUGUUGGACAUCGUAAAGCUAUACCAUGCUCACGUUUCAACCCAAAUAUGUUUAAAUUUUUUGCAAAACCCAAAAAGAAAAAGGGCCAAAAUGAAGCUGAAACAAAUAACAAGGAUGUGAAAGAUAGUCAAAGACAAAAAUUCAAAACCCAUUGCAUCUGUGCUCUCGGAUCGCGUGAUCGGUCCAUUUCAAUCUGGUCGACAGCUAGACAACGUCCAUUGGUCGUCAUUGAUGAUGUUUUUGGUAACUCUGUUGUCGAUUUAUCAUGGUCAAGAUGUGGUUAUCAACUUUUAGCUUGUUCCGUCGAUGGUGGUGUGAUUUGUUUUCAAUUCGAUCCAAAAGAAUUGGGUUCAAUUUACGACCAAGAAGAACGUGUACAAUUUUUACAACAAUUAUAUGGAAAUUCAUUGUUUUCUCCUACAAAUUCCAUAGGAAAUAAAUUAAUCGAAGAUAUGGACAUUUUAUUGUUGCAACAAAAAGAUGAUAAGAAAAAUGAAUCAUCGCAAAAUGGAUUAUCUUUCAAUUCGGAUGGAUCAGUGAAACAAUUAGGAAAUUCAACUAAUCAAAAUGAUAGUGAGCAGAAAAAAACUGUAAAUACAACACUAUUGAAAUCUUCUACUACCUCACCAUCAUCAUCAUCAUCAUCAUCAAUGGUUGAAAACAAAGAGCCACCGAAAUCAUCAACAAAUCAUAGUCCCGGAAGACUAGCAAAAGGUCCUACCGAUAAGCAAAUAGAAAUUCGUUCUGCUGAUGGUCGCCGAAGAAUAAUUCCAUUAUUCAUACCUCCGACGACUGUGGCACCAGAUUCGGUCGCUAACAAUACCGAUACGAAUAACUCGAUUAGUAAUCAACAAAAACCACCUUCAAGCUCUGCCUCUUCACGUCCAAUUUCUUUCAGCUCUUCAAGUGAAUCUAAAAGUAAAAUUGUCAUCGAAACGUUAGAUGAAUCUAAUCCUGGAUCAAAUUUACACGAAGCAUAUCAGUAUUUGAAUAGUAAUUCUUUCAAUGGAUUCGGAAAAUCCUUGGAUUCGAAUGCCAAAGAUCCAACAGAUAAAAUGCAAACGAAUGGCGAAUCUGAAACCAAUGGAGAAAUUCUUAAAAAUUCAUCAUUUCCAAAUGAGUUAGCUUCAUCGACCAAUCAUAAUGUUAUGCAAAACAAAUCAUCUGAUGAUUCUUCUGAUAACGAAAUUGUUAUCAAACGUUCUAAAUCAUUAAAACGUCCUCCAAGCAAACAACUAACAACAUCAGUUGAGCGGCAAGCAAAACGUAAAGCAAGCAAAUCUACAUCAGGUGCACCAAUAAGCCUAACAAAAUCUAAUUUCGGUGCUCAAGAUUCAAUCAAUACCGUGACCAUUUCUAAUAAUGAAAUGACAAAAUGUACAGAGCCAAAAAUUUCUUCCUCAAAUAAAUCUUCAUCAUCUAUGAUAAACAUUACUACAACAAAACCUUCUUCUUCUACACCAAAUCUUAAUAUUCAGAUGACAACGACUAAUGGGCAGCAAUCAUCACAGAUUUCUUCUACACCCAAUUUCAUUUUUCCACCAUCAAGAUUGCCUAGGCAAAAUCAGUCUAGUAUUCGAUUAUUUACAAGAUCUGAAGAUGGCAAACAAUUCGCUGUAAGCAUUGAAUAUCCACUAUCAUCAAGCGGUAUCUGUAAAUUAUCUGCAUUUGUCCAUGAUCAACUUUAUUGGUCAGUAAUGAUUUCUGAUCCAAUAUUAGCGGUUGCUGGUAGCGAAGAAUUGGUAGCUUGUUUCUGUCAAGACUAUACCCUACAGGUUUUCCACUCGAGCGAUGGACGACGAUUAUUCGUUCCAGUUAUUCUAGAUUCUCCAGUGGCACGAAUGACUUGCGCCAAUAAAUUUCAUCUUCUAAUGAUAACAAGUAAUGCUCGUUUAUGGCUUUGGGAUUUUCGUAUUCCAAAAGUUUUAGUUCACGGCGAGAGUUUGGUUCCUCUUUUGUUAGAUCCAAAAAAGUCUGAGCAAUUCUCUUUACAAGGUGCAUCAGUAUCAAGUACAUCUAAGCCGAUUGUUACCGUUUCCAACGGUAGAACAUAUAUUUUCGAACCCGAUUUUCAAUCAUGGUGUCUUCUUAACGAUUUGAACGAUCCAUUAAAUUCUUGUACCGAACUUCGUCCUUGUGCAGUAAAUACUAUCAAACAACUUUCAUCAUUUUCAAAAUUUCCAAGUCGCUCGAUCAUGAAUUUUUUCUCCUCAAACAUACCGAUGGCACAACAAAGCGCAAUGAGUUUUAUGGAAAAACAAAUUGAAAUUGCUAAGCUUAUUGGAUCGUCAGAUGAAUACCGAUAUUGGAUUCUUAAUUUUGUUAAACAAUUAGUAACAAUGCAUUCAAAUGGUGGUGGUAUGCAUGCGGCAAAUAUUGAAAAUCGCUUGAAAGAACUAUGUAAGAAUUUACUUGGUCCACCAUUUUCUCUUCAAUUGUUGGAACAGAAAAAUACUCAAAGCAUUGUUGGUGUAAAUAAGCAUAAUUUAUUACGAGAAAUUCUAUCGAUAUUAGCUUCAAAUUUAGGCCUACAAAGAUUAUAUCUAGAAUUCAAAGAUUCACUCGAUUCAGUCGCUAAUUCAACAAAAUCAAUGCUGAAAAAUCCGUUUGCUACUCGAACGACAUCAAAUGAUUUUAAUGUUGGCGAUUCGAAUAAAAAUGAAGACGAACAAAAACUCACUCAAAAUGAGUGAUAACAAUUUUUUGAAAAAUUUUCAUUUAUAAAAUU